UCCUUUGGUAGUUUCCAGGAAACAAGAAGGAGAGUUAGGGUGUUUUUGUGGUGAACGCAGAUUCUAAUUAUGUAGGCAAUUCCCAUUUUCUAAACGUGUAGGCUCAAGGGAAGUGACUUUUGCGUAGGGUGCCCAUUUUCCUCAGUUACAGACUAUUCUCGUUGCUUGACUUGCUGUAGCGAUAGCAACGUGGGAGAUGAGUAGGGGCAGUUUUUAUUAUUUAAAAAACUAUAUAUGCCAAUAACCGGAUUCUUUAAUAGCUAUAUACGCUUUCUUUGGAACAACCAUUUCAGAGUGAAUUGUUUCCAUUAAUUUUCUGUCUUCAUGAGAGGCGGAGGACUUCAUUUUCACUUUCACCUAUGGCUUGUUUUUCUGUUUGCAUUAACUGCUGCUAGUUUUGGUUUGGGUGUCGAAAAUCAGAGUGUGAGGUGCAUUGCAGCCGAGAGACGAGCUCUCCUUGAUUUCAAGAAAGGUCUUACCGUUGUGGAAAACCGCCUGGUUUCAUGGACAAGUGAAGAAGAAGAGUGUUGCAAUUGGAUAGGUGUUGGUUGCGACAACUCAACCGGCCAUGUUGUCAAGCUGGACCUCGACGCGAUGUUUACUACGGGCGAGAUCGGGUCUUCCUUGCUUGAGUUAAAGCACUUGAGUUACUUGGACCUCUCUUCUAAUCACUUCCAUAAAAUCCCAGACUUCAUUGGUUCACUUUCAGAGCUCACUUACCUCGAUCUCUCAGGCAAUUCUUUCACUGGGUUCAUUCCUCACCAGCUUGGGAACCUUUCCAGGCUGCUCUGUCUUGAUUUCAGUCGCAAUUCUUUAUCGAGUUUCAUCCCAAUUUCUUUUGACAACAUGCCAGCUCUUCAACGCAUUAAUUUCGAGGGAAAUAAUUUGGAAGGUGGAAUACCAAAGUCCUUGGGGAAUAUCUGCAAUUUAAAAGAGUUGAACUUAAACGAUAACAAGCUCAGCGGAUCUCUCGGGGUUGUUGUCAAAAACUUAAGUGGGUGUGCCAAGGAUUCUCUAGAAGCUUUGAAUUUGGCCAGGAAUCGACUGACUGGAGCAUUGCCUGAUCUUUCAAUAUUAUCAUCAUUGAGAAAAUUAUCUCUUUCAGGUAACCAACUUGAGGGGCCUCUUCCGGUCAGCAUCGGAAAAAUGUCUCAACUUGUGCUUUUGGAUGUUUCCUCCAACUCUUUGCAUGGUGACAUUUCCGAAGCCCAUUUAUUUAAUCUUACCAAAUUACAAAAACUGCUCAUAUCAUUUAAUUCUUUUUCUUUCAAUCCUAGCUCUGAUUGGAUUCCUCCAUUUCAACUUGAUUAUAUUGAUAUGAGAUCAUGUAGUCUGGGUCCGCAGUUUCCGAGUUGGCUACGAUGGCAAACUACUUUGUCUUACCUUGAUAUUUCCCACUCCAAUAUUAAUGAUGCCAGCCCUGAUUGGUUUUUGAAUAUUCUACCUUCGAGUCUAAAUUAUUUGAACCUUUCCUCCAACAAAAUUAGUGGGAGUAUUCCAAACUUGCCACUAAAAUUUGGUGGAUUCCCUUUAAUAGAUUUGAGUUCGAAUUUAUUUCAUGGUCUCAUACCUCUAUUUUUCUCUAAUUCGAUGGUUUUGGAUCUUUCCAACAACAUGUUUAGUGGACCUUUGUCAUUUUUAUGCACGACGACAAUGAAUAUUGGUUUGAAUUAUCUUGAUCUCUCUAACAAUUUGUUAUCGGGUGAGAUUCCAGAUUGUUGGAACAAGUACAUGAUAUUAACUGCAAUCAACUUGGAGAACAAUGAUUUGUCGGGGAUAAUCCCUAAUUCUUUGGGCUCACUACAGACUCUGGAAUCAUUGCGCUUAAGGAACACAAGUUUGUACGGUGAAAUACCACAGUCCCUAGAAAAUUGUACUGCAUUGAAACUUCUGGAUUUGGGAGACAACAAAUUGACUGGAAUCAUUCCACCAUGGAUAGGAGAAAGACUUGAUGGGUUGAAUGUUCUUCGUCUAAGAUCAAAUGAAUUUCAUGGAAACAUACCUUCAACUCUAUGUCGCCAACAGCUUCUUCAAGUAUUGGAUCUUUCUCUCAACAACAUAUCAGGAGACAUUCCUUCGUGCCUCAAUAAUUUGACAGCCAUGGCUCACUUGGGAAGUUCUAUGGCACUUAUCCCUUUAGCGGGGAUAACGUAUACCGUCGAUUUUAUUGGUGCUAUAGGGAUCAACUUCCAUGAACAUUUGUUAGUUGUAUGGAAAGGUUUUGAACGAGAAUAUGGCAACACCCUUGGAUUGUUAAAGAGUAUUGACUUGUCAUGCAACAAAUUAAGUGGGAAAAUCCCUCGAGAACUAGCAAGUUUGCAAGGGUUGAUUAAUCUGAAUCUAUCAAGAAACAUGUUGAGGGGAAGCAUAAUUAGGGAGAUUGGCCAAUUGAAAUCCUUGGAUUCACUCGAUUUGUCAACAAAUAAUCUGUCCGGUGAAAUCCCGGAAAGCAUGUCCGGAUUAUCUUUUCUUAGCAUGUUGGAUUUUUCGAACAACAAUUUGUUUGGAAAAAUUCCCUCAAGCACUCAGUUGCAGAGUUUCAAUGCUACUUCAUAUUCAGGGAAUCCGGGACUGUGCGGAGAACCAUUGCGCAAAUGUCCUGGAGGUGAGCCACCAAAGGUGCCUAACAAUGGCGGUAAUGAAGGUGAUGAAGGAUUGUUUGAGCCUUUGUGGUUUUUUAUUGGGAUGAUUAUUGGAUUCCUUAUAGGAUUUUGGGGGAUUUUUGGUUCAUUGGUGAUUAACAGGUCUUGGAGACAUAAAUAUUUUCAAUUGGUGAGCAAGUUAACAGAUUGGAUCAAAUUAACAAUGGCACUGAUGAUGGUGAAAUUGCAACGCAAACUACGAUUGAAAGAGUGAGAUAUAAAAUGCUCUCCAUUUUUCUUAGUCUGGUUGCUUGUUAGGGUCUGCCUUCUAAUUGUAUGCUUGGAUUAAUAAUAUCGCGUUCUUAUUUACAGUUUUACCAUCAUUGUGUAAGUCUGGAUUAAUAAUGAUUGCUUGUGUUAUUCUGUUGAUGUAAAUAAUUAUUGUUUAAGCAAAUAAUUUUAAAUAUCAAUUUCGAUUAAAAAUCGAUGAAUCGUAAUUUAUAUAAA